GGCUAUUCAUCCUGGCGGCGCGACGCAGGCGGCUGCUGAGCCAGGCUGCGGGGGAGCUGGGGCCGCGCCGAGGGGAUGGUGCUGGAGGGCAGCCCCGAGGCCGUCAGCUCCCAGUCCCUGGAUCUGCGGCGAUCCUGCCCCAAGGGCUCCCGGAUCUUCCCCUCUGCUGGAGAGGGCUCCCUGCUGCACAAAGAGGCUGUGAAGUAUGGAGAGCUCAUUGUGCUGGGAUACAAUGGCUCCCUGGCCAGUGGGGACAAGGGCCGACGUCGCAGCCGCAUCGCACUCUUCAAGAGGCCAAAGGCCAAUGGGGUGAAGCCGGACGUGAUACACCACAUCUCCACCCCCCUUGUCUCCAAGGCACUCAGUAACAAGGGCCAGCACAGCAUCUCCUACACGCUGUCCCGCAGCCACUCCGUGAUUGUGGAAUAUACGCAUGACUGUGAUACGGACAUGUUCCAGAUUGGCCGCUCCACGGAGAACAUGAUUGACUUUGUGGUGACGGACACGGCACCUGGGGGCAGCUGCGCCAGUGAGGGGCAGUCGGCCCAAAGCACUAUCUCGCGCUAUGCCUGCCGCAUCAUCUGCGAGCGCAGCCCUCCCUACACCGCCCGGAUCUACGCUGCAGGCUUCGACUCCUCGCGCAACAUCUUCCUUGGAGAGAGGGCGGCCAAGUGGAGGACGCCGGACGGGCUGAUGGAUGGGCUGACGACCAAUGGGGUGCUGGUGAUGCACCCCACAGGGGGCUUCAGUGAGGACUCGGCGCCCGGGGUCUGGCGCGAGAUCUCGGUGUGUGGGAAUGUGUACGCCCUGCGCGACAGCCGCUCCGCGCAACAGCGGGGGAAGCUGGUGCAGACCGAGUCCAACGUGCUGCAGGACGGCUCGCUCAUCGACCUGUGCGGGGCCACACUGCUGUGGCGGACCACAGCGGGGCUGCUGCUGACACCCACCCUCAAGCAGCUGGAGGCACUGCGCCAGGAGACCAAUGCUGCCCGCCCCCAGUGCCCCGUGGGCUUCAACACGCUGGCCUUCCCCAGCCUGGCCCAGCGCGGCGUAGUGGACAAACAGCAGCCCUGGGUCUAUGUCAACUGCGGCCACGUCCACGGCUACCACAACUGGGGCUUCCGCAAGGAGAAGGGGGGGCUGGAGCGGGAGUGCCCCAUGUGCCGCCGAGCUGGGCCCUACGUGCCGCUCUGGCUGGGCUGCGAGGCCGGGUUGUACCUGGACGCAGGCCGGCCCACCCAUGCCUUCUGCCCCUGCGGCCACGUCUGCUCCCAGAAGACUGUGCAGUACUGGGCCCAGAUCCCGCUGCCCCACGGCACCCACGCCUUCCAUGCUGCCUGUCCCUUCUGCGGCACCUGGCUCACAGGCGAGCGGGGAUUUGUGCGUCUCAUCUUCCAGGGCCCCAUGGACUGA